CAGGACUUUUGUGGCAUACAAAUCCCAUUUGCAGUGCUUUGUUUCCACUGGCUGCCGGCUGGCGUCACUCAAGGGGCACUACUGCUCCUACAGUAAAUAUUUGUGUUUUCUCAACCGGUUGUGAUGGUGAACGACUGAGACUGAAAAGAGAGGACUAAAACCACGAAUAUCGAAGUCUAGACACAAUACUACGAGACGCGAGUAGGAAUAAAGCUUCAGCGCAAAAUGGAUGAGCUCAAACACCAAGUAAUGAUAAACCAGUUCGUCUUGACAGCGGGUUGUGCUGCAGAUCAGGCAAAGCAGCUUUUGCAAGCAGCACAUUGGCAAUUUGAGACUGCCCUCAGUGCCUUUUUUCAAGAAACGAAUAUUCCAUACGGUCACCAUCAUCAAAUGAUGUGCACCCCAGCUAACACACCGGCCACCCCACCCAACUUCCCUGACGCCCUCACCAUGUUCUCCCGGCUGAAGGCCUCAGAGAGCUUCACCACCAGCAGCCCCAUGGCCUCCAUGGCCACCUCUCCCCCUCCUCCACACGAUUGCUGGGGCGUGCCACCGCCCCCCAUGCCCAUGAGUGGCCCACAGGGUCAGGGACUCUGGAUUCAGGGGGAGCCACCCUCCCACCCCGCAGCCUGGCCCACGGGGGUCACCAUUAACCCCCACACCCACCAACACCCGGCCACCGAACAGAAGGCGAGUGUGGCCAUGGAGGCCGAGAGAUGAGGACUGGACUGGACGGCCCUGGGGGGAGGAAGGGAGAGGGAGGGAUGGGUGAGGAGGAAAGAAAAGGUGAAGGUGUCUCUUUCCAAUUGAGGAUGGGAGGGUGGAGACAAAGACAGCGACGUAAACCAAGAAAAACCAAGCAACUACAUAAUGUGGACAUUUCAACAAGAGGUGGAGAAAAUGAUUUGAAUAAGGAAUCAAAAGGAAAACAUUUUAAUGGAAAAAGCAGUGCACACACUUAGCAAUAAGAGAGCAACUGAAAUCUUUGUUAGUUUGUUUUUCUUCUCUCUCAGUAAAUGUAUAGAUAAGACAAAGAAAUGUAUGGAACUAAAGGUAAUCAACAUCAUGCUGAUGUUUUCUGACAUUUAAAAGGCAGCAACUGUUUCUUCUCUUGUUCUUCUUCUUUUCUUUUUGUCUGUCCAUCCAGUGUUUUCCCUCUACUGGGGACCUGUGAUAAGAAGUGUUUGUGUUGCAUGGAGAGAGAGAAUCUGUCCAUCCAGUGUUUUCCCUCUACUGGGGACCUGUGAUAAGAAGUGUUUGUGUUGCAUGGAGAGAGAGAAUCUGUCCAUCCAGUGUUUUCCCUCUACUGGGGACCUGUGAUAAGAAGUGUUUGUGUUGCACGGAGAGAGAGAAUCUGUCCAUCCAGUGUUUUCCCUCUACUGGGGACCUGUGAUAAGAAGUGUUUGUGUUGCAUGGAGAGAGAGAAUCUGUCCAUCCAGUGUUUUCCCUCUACUGGGGACCUGUGAUAAGAAGUGUUUGUGUUGCAUGGAGAGAGAGAAUCUGGCAGUGUAAUGUUUUACUCUAGUAUUCUCAACAUGUGUCUGUGUGCAGUGUAACCGUCACGCACACUUACACACUCAAUUAGCGAGCAGAAGAAACAGUGACAUAGUUUUCAUUACCCAUCGGAAGGUGGAACUCUUCUUACCUCACCUGGUGGUCACCUGACUUUUUCAGCCUAUCAGGGAUUCUCAACUGUUUGACAAUGCAGAACAUUUUUUAAAACUGAUUGUAAUUUUUCAACUCUGGUAUUUUUUCAUGACGAUGACACUGUUCACUGCAAUAGCUUUUCUUUCCAACGAAGGGUGAUGCUUUACUAUUAACCUGUUCUGGAAGAUAGAACUGGCCACUGCAAUGGUUCUGCAGAUUUGGGUAUUAUAUAAAAAUCAUGGUUUGAUAUAUUAAAGUUCAUGUUUUUCUUGGUGGGAGGGAUGGGUGGGGUUUUGGAGGAUUCGAGAGUGGGCGGGAUUUGUUUAUGUUGUGUUUGGGAAGAGCCAAUCGGAGAAGCUAAAAAUAAAUCUACAGAAAAAACAGACUACUAUAAAUACAUUGACCAUUUGUAAAGCAGAACUUGCCACUUUGCAUGAGGGAUACUGUCUUGUAGCGAACACUUGAAACUGAGACGUGUUUCUGGCUGUUGACGCAGGGGAUACUACAUGGUUUAUCCCUCUGAUUUAUAAUUUGUAUAGCAGCAUAAUACAACUGGUUAUGAUCACAACGUGUACUGUGAUCCUGCCUAUAGCAGAUUAUGUAAAGCAUUGAUUUAAGACAAUAUUCACAUGCAAGGUCGGCCCCGUUCAGUUUUGUUGUCCUUGGGUUAUUUCAAUUGAAUAAAGAAUAUAAAAUAAACCCAGCUAGAAAUCUUUGUUUAUGUAAGUUCUUUUUUUAGGCAGAACAUUUUCAGGAAAAUAUCAUUAUAAUUCUGAGUAAACCAUCUUUAAUUUUACUAAAAGAAUGUUUCAGUUCAUCCCUUUUCCAUCAUUUUUGUUUGAAUCUGGGAAUCUUGGGAUGGCCUAUACCUGAAUGGUUUCUCAGUUUCCCCCUGUGUGACUGUAUUACCAUUCCCACAAUAUUUGUGGACUACCUGAUAAUUAACGUAGCAUUUUUUGUGUUCCUAAAUAAAUAUUGUAUGUCAACCUA